CCACCCGACAACACAACACUGUCUCUCGGCAGAGAAACUCCUCAGAAACACAGAUUUCUCGGACCUGUUCUCCGUGGGAACAUGCAUUCGGGCCAGCUGGAGAAAGCGGGAUCUCUGAGGAAACGGACUCUCUCUCGAGGGAUGAGCGAAGAAGAGUCUCUUCGGCACAUCAUCAGAGAGGCAGAAGAGUCGAGCAGACACCUGUCCCGCAGCGACAGCCGGUACGGGACCCUGAAGAGAGGAGCGAGGGAGGAGAGCCAGAGUGAAGAUGAUCUGCUUUCUGAGAACGUAGAAAUGGAGCUGGACUCUGAGGAGUGUGUGUGUGUGCAGGAGGAGUGUGUGAGGACUCUCUCGCUCCAGCAGGAGGCGCUGCUCUUCCAGGUUGAUGUUCUUCAGGACGCGCUCGAGGGGACGGAGGAGAUGCUCGCCGAAACACAGAGAGAGACUCAUCAGCUCACACUGGAGCUGGAGAGAGAGAGAGCGAUGAGGAGGAAGAUGGAGGACAAGCUCGCCUCAGUAACACAGGAGAUGGAGAGGUUACGAGAGGAGAGGACAGUGGAGCAGACGUGCAGACCCGCUCCUGAAGGAUCAUCAGUGGAUCGAGACGAAACUCCACUCCCGGCCAGUGGAGGCGCUCCUGUGCAUCUCAACACACCAGUGCUGCACCUGAAGAACAUCAUCAGACAAUCCCUGGGUCUCUCGGUGUGUGAGGAUCAUCAGACUCCUGAAGUGUGUGAGGAUCUUCAGACUCCUGAAGCUCAGGAUGAGAACGAGGAGAGCAGUGGAUACGAAGACGCCCCGUCUGAGUUCUCUCCCACUGCCGACACUCCCGACGUUCCCGACAUUCCCGAUCCCGAUGAGGAACCCGACGGGAAUAUCCCUGCCAGGAUCCGCACUAAUGAUGACUCCUGUACUCUCUCUUAAAGUCCUUUAUAUAACCAUACAAAAAAAAAGGUUCUGAUAAAUUUGUGUACUAUAGAAUUGUGACACUUGAUCCAAGUUACAUUCACUGAAACAGCCUUUGCACAAGCUAACAACUUUACAAUGAAGACUACUUUGUUUUACUCAUCACCAGUCAACAAAAUUAUUUAGGAAAAGAAGGAAUCUGCACUUUGGAUCCCACUUUAUAUUGGGUGUCUUUAACUAGUGUGUUUACUUUUAAAUAAUUUCAGGUGUAAUUACACUGUUGACGUUCCCAUAAACCUUCCCAAACCUGUC